GGGUAUAUUAUUGAUUGUACAGGAAAAGAAAGAGAAAUAGAAAGGGGAAAAUAGAGAAAAAGAGAGAGAGAGAGAGAGAGAGAUUAGUGUGCCAGCACAGCUGCGCUCUCGCUUUCGCUCUUUAUUCCGCGCUGCUCUGUGAUCGCUGGCGGUGGUGUGCUACUGCGCAUGCUCAGAUCUCCAGCCAGUGCAGCUGCUGCUUUCUGCUUUACUGGAAGGAAGGAAGGACGGAAGGUAGAUUAAAAUUCAAGCCCAAUGGAUAUAAAGGUGACUACAUCUUGGAGCGAUCGUCUUCAGCAUUACGCAGACCUACCAGCGAACAUGGACAGGUUGGCUAUGAAGAAAUACAGACGGGAGGCAUAUCAUAGAGUAUUUGUGAACAGAAGUCUGGCAAUGGAGAAGAUCAAAUGCUUCGGUUUUGACAUGGAUUACACUUUAGCAGUGUAUAAAUCUCCAGAAUAUGAAUCCCUUGGUUUUUACCUGACUGUAGAGCGACUGGUUUCUAUUGGCUACCCACAGGAACUGCUCAGCUUUGUCUACGAUCCAUCCUAUCCCACCAGAGGUCUGGUGUUUGACACGUUGUACGGUAACCUACUAAAAGUGGAUGCCUAUGGAAACAUCCUGGUGUGUGUCCAUGGCUUUAACUUCCUGCGUGGGCCUGACAUCCGAGAGCUCUACUCCAACAAAUUCAUCCAGCGUGAUGACACUGAACGCUUCUACAUCCUUAACACUCUCUUCAAUCUGCCAGAAACCUACCUCUACGCCUGCCUCGUUGAUUUCUUCUCAAGCUGUGACCGAUACUCGAGCUGUGAGACAGGCUUCAAAGACGGGGACCUCUUCAUGUCCUUCAAGAGCAUGUUCCAGGACGUGCGGGACGCUGUCGACUGGGUCCACUUUAAGGGAACGCUGAAGGAAAAAACAGUGGAGAAUCUGGAGAAAUACGUAGUGAAAGAUCCUAAACUGCCUCUGCUGCUCAGCCGCAUGAACGAAGUUGGCAAAGUGUUCCUGGCCACCAACAGUGACUACAAAUACACAGAUAAAAUCAUGAGCUACCUGUUUGAUUUCCCUUACGGCCCAAAGCAAAGCCUUCCCCACCGCCCGUGGCAGUCUUACUUCGAUCUAAUCCUGGUGGACGCACGGAAGCCGGUGUUCUUUGCCGAGGGAACUGUACUGAGACAGGUCGAUACGACCACCGGGAGGCUCAAGAUCGGAACUUAUACCGGCCCUCUGCAGCACGGCAUAGUCUACUCCGGAGGUUCCUCAGACAUUGUGUGUGACCUGUUGGGAGCUAAAGGAAAGGACAUCCUCUACAUCGGGGACCACAUCUUUGGAGACAUUCUGAAAUCCAAAAAGCGCCAAGGUUGGAGGACGUUCCUGGUGAUUCCUGAACUCGCCCAGGAGCUGCACGUCUGGACUGACAAGAGCUCGCUGUUUGAAGAACUUCAGGGUCUGGACAUUUUCUUGGCAGAGCUGUACAAGCAUCUGGACAGCAGCAGCAAUGAGAGACCAGACAUUAGUGCCAUCCAGAGGCGAGUGAAGAAAGUGACCCAUGACAUGGACAUGUGCUACGGAAUGAUGGGUAGUCUGUUCCGCAGCGGCUCUCGCCAGACCCUGUUCGCCUCGCAGGUGAUGCGCUACGCCGACCUGUACGCUGCUUCCUUCAUCAACCUCCUGUACUACCCAUUCAGCUACCUGUUCAGAGCUGCACAUGUUCAGAUGCCACAUGAGUCAACGGUGGAGCACACUCACGUGGACAUAGACACCGAGUCGCCACUGGCUACACGCAAUCGCCACUGCGUCGACUGCAAGGAAAUAGACUGCAAGCGCAGCCAGCUGACUCGCUCCCUGAGUGAAAUCAAACCCCCUAAACUGUUCCCCCAGGCUCCACAGGAGAUCACGCACUGCCACGACGAAGACGAUGACGAGGAGGAAGAGGAGGAAUAGAUGACUCUCCUUUAAUCAGGCCUGACCUUUUCUUCAUUUCCCUAAGGGAAAUGUUUUACUUUAGUGAAGGGAACAAUAAUGAGGGAAUAUUAGAGUUUAACUACAUAGACUUUUUUUAAACUACAGUAUACAAGAAUGCGUAGCAUGUGAGAGUCCAGCUGAUAAGGUUUAUGUUUUAAGGUUUAGCUUGGCUUCAGAUCCCCUGAAAAUGUUUCUGUUGCAUUUAUUUUGUUUUUGUUUUACGGUUAAUAAGAUCGAGAAACAGCAAAGCACAUUUAAUUUGAAUUAAGAAAUAUAAACUAAAGGAUUUGCAGAGAUUACUCUGUCGAUGCACAACUCAUUUUCGAAGGUCUUUCAUACCGAAAAUGAUCACACAAGCAUCUGUGCGUCGUAUCAAUUUCAGCCUGUUAUUUAUAAAUUGUGUAGACAUCUAGGUAUUGAUAUAUAAAAUGCAUCAUACUGUAAGUUGGAAAUGCAUGAUGUUCGAACCAGCAGUUCGUACAGAGCUAACUGUAUAUAACCUGUAUAACCAAUGUGUUUCUGCUGUUUCUGGGUUUUGUUUUGUUUUUUUUUUUUCUUUUAGAUUUUACCACAGGCUUUUGUUUCAUUUUGACCAUCAUUAGUCAGCAGGUACAGCAGGUUUUGGCUAAAUGCUGCCUCAUACAGGACCCGAGGAGAAGUGCAAAACACGUGUGUUGGCAUGAUGUCCCUCUUAUUAGAGCCGCUCAUGAUAGGAAUGUAAAUGAAGUCCAGAGGGGGGCUGCAGCGUGCCGUAACGGCCAAAGUGACGGCUACGAAAGAAUGCCACUAACACAAGCGCCCCUGUUCCUUGGCAACUGCUGUGCCAGGCCAACCACAUAUGGCUAGUUAGUGUUUUUCUUUUUUUUUUUUUUUUUUUUCUUUUUUUUAUGGCAGUGAUGUCAACUGCCAAGUAUAGUUCUAUGCAGCAAAGCAAGCUGUCAAGAGAGACACUUUUUCCUUAUUCAAAAACACAUACACAUUCACACCACAGAAUAUCUACAUAUUUUUCUAUCCUUAUGAGAUCUCCGUUUGUGGAGGUAAAACUACCAAAAUGCGAAUCUUUCCAGUUCUAUUGUUAAAACAAGUCAAUUACUAGUCAUGCCAUUUGCAACACCGUGCAUAUAAGUGACCUUCAUAUGCAAAAAAACAACAAAAAACCCCUCUUGUAAAUAGUGUACUUAUACAGCUGGUGUGAGUAGAGAAUUUAGAGAAAAAAAAUAUAUAAUUAUAUAUAAGCCUCAGAUUUAAUGUGCUUUGAGCUCAGCAGAUCUUGCGGGUGGAGUCAUUCGGAUUAGCGUACCAUAUCGCUUGACCAAUAGCCUUAAAAGCACUAUGACCAGUGAUCUCAACAAGGUCUCUACAGCAGAGGUACCAACAUCGACGUGGAGCAUUAACUAUUUUUGAGCCUUUGCAGGAAGUUGGGGUGGAUCAAACUUUUCCAGACAGAAAAGUGAUGCAUGUGAAAGACGCUCGUGGAUUCUGGUGGCGCUGGAUUGCAGUCUGUUUGGUCAAUAAAAUGUGGUGGUGCUGUUGAUUGCUGCUUGAUGCACAUAUUAGAAAGUAGCCUUCCUAUCCACCACCAUGCACAAGGCCAGUGUUAUUCAAUUAUAAUACAUAACAUUACUAACAUUUCUGAAUGGCGAGAACAAUUCACCAUUCAGGUUUACCGGCACUUUACGUUCCCAUUUAUUUGACCAAGGCCAAGGACUCUGAACAUAAACAAAAAAAAUAAACACGCCUCUCUGUAGAAUCAGCUUGGUUGUAAUGUCACGAGUCCUGCACUCGUCUCUAUGAGGAAGAUCUGCUACAUUCAUCGAACUACAGCUAUGUACAGUAUAUAUUCACGGAACAAUCUGCUUGACUCCCAAGUACUUUGCUGGGAAUCGAUCCGGAUCAUGAUCUAUUAGUUGAUGAUCCCUGGUCGAGGAUUUUGUGGUAAUGAUUUAAUUCUCCCUGCUAGGACUUCCUCUUCGUAAUGGUGGUGCCUCUGCUAUAGAUGUGAACUGGAAGCAAUAGAUACAGUAGACUUUUAGUUUUUGUUUUUUUUUUGUUAUAAAUAUAUUUGAAAAGAAGGAAAAUGUUUGAUUUACUGAUCAAGUCUGUGAACAGGUAGAGUUUAAUGGUCUCAUACAGGAGCAGUUAUACAAAAACAAACCGACAUGCUAUGUAUCAAGACAUCAUAAAACUAUACAGCCCUUAGUUAGCUGAAUGAGAGCGAAUUAAUGCCAACUAAUCGUUCUGCAUGUCACAUUGGUCAGAUGGUUACAACCCCUACAACCAAGUUUAUCACACAUAUACCGAAAGUGACAUUUUAUUCAAUACAAGAUACAUUUGUUGUACGUACAGUCUAUUUUUUACUGUUUAAAAAACAAUCGUUUGUCAAUUCAGAGGUAAAUCAGUAAAAAAGGGGGAUUCUAAACAGAUUCUAUGGAAUUGUUUUCAAGCUAACCACAUUUCAUAUGCAGAUUAUAUUUAUUGUAAGAUGAAACACUUUUAAAACUGGAAACGUCGUCCGAGGCAGCUCGUUACAAAGUGAACUCUCAUGACCAUUUGGCUGCAGCGAAUCUUGUUGUGACCAACGCAUGUUGUAAUUGUGCUUUAAAGGUAAAAAGUAUUGCACAAAAUGUUCACCGUCCCAAAAAAAAAACAACCCAACAACUUUGUAGCAUUUGCGCCAGAACACUGUUAACACAAUUUUAAUAUGAAAAGCAGUAUGUUUUGUGCUGUGUAUAUAUUUCAUCACUGUGCAUCAUUUCUGUGAACAAUGUUACAACAGAUUUGUAUCGAUCCCUUGAGGUGACAUGCUGGUUAUUAUUAUUAUUAUUAUUAUUAUUAUUAUUAUUAUUAUUAUUAUUAUUUUAUUAUUAUUUUAUUUUUUUUGUAUGCAAUCGAGGCAGUAGACACGAUCUUUUGCUAAAUAAAUAAGUGGAGGUUAUGCAUUUUGCCUGACAUUUCAACAGCGUGGGUUCAAGCUACACAACAUGUGGCUAUUAUUACAUCACUGUUAUAUUUAAACACAGUUUCACCUCAAAGGUUCCAUAUAAAAGUGUUCAGGUUUUUUUUUGUUUUUUUUUUCCAAAAAAAAAUAUGAAGAGAAAAUGUAUUUAAAAUGGCACAGUACCCAUGUGUGCCUUUAUACCAAUAUUGCAGACUGUUUCUUGUGCAUUGUUUACAGUCGUGUAUAAAGUGACGAUACAUACUGUACUUUUGCUCCUUUUGGGAUUUUUUUUUUUCCCCUAUUGACUACAGAAUUCUGCAUUUUUAUUCUUUAAGGCAUUUCAGACGUACUGCAACUCUCCUGUAUGCAUAAAGAACUACCACUAGUAUGCUAAUUUUUACAAUGUAGAGUAGAAGCAAACAAAAGUAGUUAAAAAUCAGUACAGCAUGAAGUACAAUGUGGGGGGAAAAGCCAUGUUGAUUUGCCGUGUUAUGAUUCCUUGUGUUUUUUUUUUUUCCCCCACAAUCACAGCAUGUGCUUGUACGUCCAUUUUCAACUUGUACAUUUAGGGAGGCUGCACUGAAAUGCUAAAUAAAGAUCAUUUUACAUAACA